GACCAAUGGGGGAGCGGGAGGGCGGGGCGGAGCGGGCGGGCGCGCGCGGCCGGCGGCGAUGAUCGAGCAGCACAAGCGGAAGGUCCCGGGUGGCGGCGGCGGCCCCGCUCCCGCCCCCGCCCCCGGCCCCGCUCCCGGCCCCGCCCCCGCCCCCGGCCCCGGCCCCGGCCCCGGGCCCGGCCCCGGCCCCGGCCCCGACCUCCCGCUCGUGCCUGUGGCGGCCAAGCGGCCCCGCCAUGAGCUGCCGGGGACGCCGGGUGGCGGCGGUGGGGGGCAGCCCCCCCCCGGGGCGCUGCUGCAGGCGGGCCCGCCACGCUGCUCCUCCCUGCAGGCCCCCAUCAUGCUGCUCUCGGGGCACGAAGGAGAGGUGUACUGCUGCAAGUUCCACCCCAACGGCAACACCCUUGCCUCCGCUGGCUUUGACAGGCUCAUCUUGCUGUGGAACGUCUACGGGGACUGCGAUAACUACGCCACCCUGAAGGGACACAGCGGGGCGGUUAUGGAGCUGCACUAUAACACAGACGGCAGCAUGCUCUUCUCAGCAUCCACAGACAAAACCGUGGCUGUGUGGGAUAGUGAGACUGGAGAGAGAGUGAAGAGACUGAAGGGCCAUACCUCGUUCGUUAACUCCUGUUACCCGGCGAGGCGAGGACCCCAGCUUGUCUGUACAGGCAGUGAUGAUGGGACAGUGAAGCUGUGGGAUAUCAGGAAAAAAGCUGCUGUCCAGACAUUUCAGAACACGUACCAGGUCUUGGCUGUAACUUUCAAUGACACCAGCGAUCAGAUCAUAUCCGGAGGCAUCGACAACGAUAUUAAGGUGUGGGACCUUCGCCAGAACAAGCUCACUUACACGAUGAGAGGGCACGCGGACUCGGUGACAGGCCUCAGUCUGAGUUCGGAAGGCUCCUACCUGCUCUCCAACGCAAUGGACAACACAGUUCGCAUCUGGGAUGUGCGACCGUUUGCCCCUAAAGAGAGAUGUGUAAAGAUUUUCCAGGGGAACGUGCAUAAUUUUGAAAAGAAUCUUCUGAGGUGCUCUUGGUCCCCGGAUGGGAGUAAAAUAGCAGGGGGAUCGGCCGACAGGUUUGUCUACGUGUGGGACACCACAUCCAGGAGGAUUUUGUACAAGCUGCCAGGCCACGCUGGGUCGGUGAACGAACUGGCUUUCCAUCCAGAGGAACCCAUUAUACUCUCCGCAUCCAGCGACAAAAGACUGUAUAUGGGAGAGAUCCAGUGAAGCCGACGUGGAGAUGGUGGGAUUCGUGCCCUCGCGAUCCUUGGUUUACAGAAGUCAGAUUGACUUGUGUCUCACUGGUGCCAGCCCUCCUCACGCUUGUGGCGGUGGGAAAACGUUGAAGCAGCUUGAUGUGACAAGCUGUCCUCUUGCAGGCUGUAAUGCCUGCGUGGUCUCGCUGUACAGCUUUUUUCCACCCCCCUCCCUUCUUUGGGGAGGAAGGAAAAUUUGGAAUUGAAAGGAAUUUGGUUUUGGCUGUACCACCGACUAUUAAAUCCUUACCCAGAUCACUUGAAAUUGGUAAAAUUUGUUUAAAUUCCAUAUGUGGCUUGUAUAUUCCCUGUCCGGUUUCUCUUGCUUUUUUUAUACGGUCAAAACUGAAAUAGAGAGCUUUUUACAAGAA